AUGGCUAAGAUCGAUCCUCACACGGUGGACAUGCUCCAGCUUCGCGCUCCAAAGGCUUCCAAGGCGGAUAAGAAAGCCGUGAAAGGUUUAAUUCUCAGCGGCGAGGUUUUCUCUGAGUUCAGUGAGGCCGACCGUGCUGCCAUUUGGCAUAAACUGCGGUCUUGCGAAGCCUGUGACUGUGUGAUCCCUUCCAUUCAUACCUUCUUCCGUGAUAUCUCCUAUCUCAACGUCUGUGCAGACGCAGUGAAGCGGCUGGCUGUUCUCAACAAGCAGCACCCCACAGUCCAGAAAGCACUGGCCCACAGCUUCCGGCCACGUCGUGCCAACGAGGACUGUCAAAUCCAAACAUCGGAGACUACAUUCCGUGGACAGCCCGGUACGUCUGCUGACCGGAAAGAGACUGGAUAUCGCCAAAUCUGUAUGUACGCCAUGCGAUGGUAUCCGGAGAUGGCCAAAGACGAACAGAGCCACACUCUCAAGGCCAAACCCACCCGCGCCAAGGCGGACGAGAACGCUAUCUAUGAUAUGGCCGUACUUGCGCGGAGACUGGGUUUCCGCUCCAAGCAAAUCAAGAACAUCUUGAAGCAAUCUCCUGAUCGGCAAAUUGCGCGGACAGCCCUGCUGAAAGCCCGAAGACCUGACCGCUAUCAUUAUGACGAUGACAUGUUUGAAUCUCUCGUUGACCGUAUUACGGAGAUCUUUUCCCUUGCGAUCCCCAGCGACAACCAGCCAGCCGCAGAGCUCAUUGUAGGCAGAGCGGUGAAGCUGAAAGAUCGGUGUGGGCCUCCUGCGAUACAAGCACAGCGGCUGGAUCGUCUGCAUCUUUUUCUAGAUCGAUUACAUACAGAAAUGCCAUCGCAGCAGCAUGUGUCGUCUUUCUAUGUCAGACAAUGUGUCUACUAUGCCUUCUUCGGUAAACCCUCUGUGCCCCGACCGCACUCGACUACAACCGGAAGGCCCUCAUCAGAACUCCCCUCGGAUCGUUCCUCACCUUUAUUUGUUCCAGAUGACUCGCCGCGUGGCGACUUGGAAUCGACAGCAGAGGAAGCACUAGCGCGCAGCGACCGGGAAGGACAGCCUACAAGCCACCAUCAACUGCGGGAGAUACGUAGGGAGCGACGCCGCCAGAGGCGGGAAGAAAGGCAAAAUCGACGGCAAGAACGUCGACGAGAGCAUGCAGUGGAGCAGGUGCCAGCUGUUUCCCGAAGUUUCUCUCUCCGCGAUUCUCCCACAAGCACCAUGAGUGAUGUUUCUGGGACAAUUAUAGACAACCAGGAAAGUCCAAGGUCUUCUGGCGUAUCAGAAGAAACUGAGUUAUGGCCUGAAUCCGGGGAAAUCGAGCAACAAGCUGAAGAAGGGUCAAUUCCUGAGCAGAUUGAGCAAGAGCACCUGGAAACAGAAAGUAUGGAGCAAGAAGAACAGGGGCAGCUUAUGAGAGAGAAUGAAGAAAGCGUCGAGCAGGAGCGCCUAGCAAGAGAGGCUGAGGAAAGAGCUGAACAGGAACGCCUAGCACGAGAGGCUGAGGAAAGAGCCGAGCAGGUGCGCCGAGCACGGGAGGCUGAAGAGACUGCUGCAGCACAGAGAGCCGAACAAGAACGGCUGGCAAGAGAGGCAGAAGAAAGAGCUGAGCAGGAACGACUGGCAAGAGAGGCUGAAGAAAUUGCUGCUGCAGAGCGGCUAGCUGCGGAAACUGCUGAGCAAGAGCGACUGGCAAAAGAGGCAGAAAGAAUGGCUGCAGAAGAAGCUGCUACAGAGAGAGGCCUGAACAAGAACACCCGGCACCAGAGGGAGAAGCCGCUGCACAGGCAAUUACGGCAGGGAACUAGCCACGAUGAAGGGGUCACCGCCGAAGAUGUCGAGAAACUCCUCGACGGAAUGCUUCAGGGCAAUCCAGAACAGAAGACAAUAGGUAGCCACGACAUUCAAGGGCGUGAUCUGCUAGUCGAAGGACCGAGUGAAGCUACCGGGAAUGCGCACGCCGAAGAAGAACGAGUAGCUAAGGAGCGAGAUAAUACUCUAGCUCAGUUACAAGAGAAGGCUGAAUAUAAUAUAAUGCCGUCGGAGAGUCACGAGAUACUUGCUGAUCCUUCCCGGCCUGUCACUCAACUGGACCUAUCCAGCUUGAUUGCCAGAUGGCGUGAAGGUGCGAGUCAGCUAGACGAAGAUGACACACGGCGGCCUCAUAGCCGACGUUCGAGACAUGGUCAACAAUCGCGGCACUCCAAACCUACCGGGCUCAGAAAAUCUCGGAUGAAGGAAAGAUCUACAUACCAAGAUAUCAAUCGAACAGGGACCCAUGAUGCUGCCACAUAUAAGCAACUGGGAUGGGACCCUGAAGCCUCUCUCCCAGGUCCCGUGCCGCCGACGCAGGCGCCACCGCCGCCAGCCAGUGUACCAGUAGCACACUCAACCCGAGAAGGGAUAAUAGAUGUCCAUCCUGAGGACCAAACAUUGCACCAACCAGUGCGGGAAGUACAAGAGCCGACGUUACCUGCACCGAUACCCGAGGAGCAUAAUGACAGGACGGCAGCGGAUGGUAAUCGUGUAGGUGGCCCUUUAAACCAGGGCGCCAUCCACGCCAAUACUCUUGAGAAACCCCUGGAGGGGACUGUCGCACCCCGUACCAUGUCUUCCGGUAUAGAUGGAGCUGGAAACCAUCCGUCUUCUGUGGUAAUGCCUUACGAGGGCUAUGCCGCUUUGGAACCAGCCAAGCGCCAAGAGCUUGCCAGGCAAGGUCAUCAAGGAGUCGCGACUGACGUGACAGAGACUGCUGAGGAAACAUUGGGACUCGCGCAACAAGAGGAGCAAGAGAGACCAACAGUGGAUCGAGCGGAUCCAGAGCAAGCCCGGAAGGAGGUGGAUGAGAGAGCGGCGGCAGAGAAAGCACUCUUCGAGGAAGAUGCUGACCUGCAAUAA